AUGGCUGCCUUUGUACACUCUUAUCCUCACCACAUGGAACUCCCAUUUGGAAACCCCAUGAACAUUAUGACCGCAACCCCAUCACCAGGAUAUAUCAUGACACCUUCUCCAUAUUAUACUAGGACACCGUCGCCGACAAGUCGAGGAAACAUGGAAUACCAGCCUGUUCUUGGACAAGUCCAAGACCCUUCCUUCUUUGAAGAGGCCAUAGGUGGUUCUCCUCACCCACAAGAAAUGGCACUUGGCAUUAUGCAAGCACCAUUCCAGUAUAACCCGGUAUCCAAUGCACCCAAUGGCCCUUUCCCUUCACUGGCUACAUUGCCAAGCAGCGAGGCUGAGCAAAAGCCCACCCGUCGGGCUCGAAACCGGAAACCUUCUCAGUUAAGCAUUAUCACCCCUAAAGAAGAAAGCGGCCUAGGAGCUGUGCCCAGUUCCCCAAAGCAGAAGAAACGUGGUCGCAAGCCCAAGGGAGGAGCCAACGAGUCGGGGAAGUUUCGUCAGGAGAUUGAGCUUGACGAAGAUGACCUUCCCAAGGACCCUCGACGUCGACGCAUUCUUGAACGCAACAGGAUAGCCGCGACCAAGUGUCGUCUUCGGAAACGAGACGAAGCAUCCGCUCUUGCUUCUCAGGAACAAGCCAUGGAAGACCAGAACCGAUAUCUUUCCUCAUGCUUUGAUUCAUUGACAGCUGAGAUAUAUCACCUGAAAACUCAAUUGCUGCAACACACAGACUGCAACUGUGUACUGAUUCAGAAAUAUAUCGCCAAUGAAGCCAAGAAGACAGUUGAUGGUCUGCUUUCUUGUUCAUCGGCCUUCCAGCCUGACAGCGACCCCAUGAGCCCAUACCGUCGAGGCUCAUGCAAUAGCGGCACCAGCCCCACUGAGUCCCUGGGUGUACCUACUCCGGAGUUUGAAGGAGUCUCGCCAGCUUGGUCACAGCCUUUCCAAACAGGUCAUGCCUCAGCAUCAGAGGUCGGAGAAGAAAUCUUCGAGAUGCCAAUGAAUCCUUACAGCAAGGGCUCAAUCCAUAUGCAUGGUCAACCGCUCACCAGCAUGACACCACUUCAUCAUCCCGAAUCCGAGGUGUAUGUCGGUAUGGGACCUCCACCCCAGCAUGUGGAUGUUAUCAGUUGGAAUCCUUCAUGGGGGUUUUAG